GGGCUACCCUCCCCACCGCGGCCGCUGCUGAUGUCAGCCUCGCUGGCGCUCGCUCCUCCCGCACCCACCUCCCCGGCCCGAGGCACACUGCAGCUCCGCGCGGACUCUCCGGCCCCGGCGCGGUGGCUGCAAACUCGCGGGCACGCACGGCGCGCGGGGAGCCGAGGGACUCGGGGGAGGGGACGUGCGCGGAAGGCGCCAGCUUCCUCUCGCCCGCCCCUCGCCGCCGCGAGCCCAGGUUGGAGGAACCCCGGGCCCUAGCCCGACUGAGCCGGGCGGCGGCAGCGGCGGCGGCUUCCUUUUUCUCCCGCUGCGAGCCCUGGAGCGCCUCGGGGACCGGCCCUAAAAAGAGCAGGAAAUCUUGUUUACCGCCCGGGGAGAGGAGUCGAUCGAGCCUUUGUCUGGAAAGUCAGCAUCUCCAGCUCCGGCUGCAAUGUGUUCCUGGUGACAUUAGCAUUGGCAGACCCGCCGGAGAAGGGGGGGUCGCCAGGUUCAGGUCUGCUUUCGGAGGCGGAUCGAGCGGGUGACUUUUGUGCAUUCGUUUUAAUUUUCGGAAAUCUCUCUUUUUAUCUCCCCGGCCCGCCAGCGGGCAUGUCCUGAUCCGGCGGCCGCUCCUACCGCCCGGGGCUACCGAUCUGAGCGGUUCCCAGCGGGUCUCCCUCCUCCCUCCCUGGUCCCUCCCUGACUUUGCAACACCGCGUUCCGGGAGGACCGAGCUCCGCGAGGAAGAAGGCGGGGGAGCCCCGAACACCCGGACCCGAACCUUGACAUGCUCUCCGGCGGAGGGGAGGAAAACAGGAGCUGAGCGCACCGCCGGGGCUGCUUCGCCGGCCGGCUCCGAGCGCAGGGCUCCGGGCGCCCUGCCCUGCGCCUGGGCGGCAGCUUUGUUGGUUUGGGGGGCGCCCCCCGCUUCCCGCCCCGGGGGCGCGCGGCCGGCAGGACCAUGCUGCUGAAGGAAUACCGGAUCUGCAUGCCGCUCACCGUGGACGAGUACAAAAUCGGACAGCUGUACAUGAUCAGCAAGCACAGCCAUGAACAGAGCGACCGCGGAGAAGGGGUGGAGGUCGUCCAGAAUGAACCCUUUGAGGAUCCUCACCAUGGCAACGGGCAGUUCACCGAGAAGCGGGUGUAUCUCAACAGCAAACUGCCUAGCUGGGCUAGAGCUGUUGUUCCCAAAAUCUUUUAUGUUACAGAAAAGGCUUGGAACUAUUAUCCCUACACAAUUACAGAAUACACAUGUUCCUUUCUGCCGAAAUUCUCCAUUCAUAUAGAAACCAAGUACGAGGACAACAAAGGCAGCAACGACCGCAUUUUUGACAAUGAAGCCAAAGACCUAGAGAGAGAAGUUUGCUUUAUUGAUAUCGCCUGUGACGAGAUUCCAGAACGUUACUACAAAGAAUCGGAGGAUCCCAAGCAUUUCAAGUCCGAGAAGACAGGACGGGGACAAUUAAGGGAAGGCUGGAGAGAUAGUCAUCAACCCAUCAUGUGUUCCUACAAGCUGGUGACCGUGAAGUUCGAGGUCUGGGGGCUUCAGACCAGAGUGGAACAAUUUGUACACAAGGUGGUCCGGGAUAUUCUGCUGAUUGGACAUAGACAGGCUUUUGCAUGGGUUGAUGAAUGGUAUGACAUGACAAUGGAUGAAGUCCGAGAAUUUGAACGAGCCACUCAGGAAGCCACCAACAGGAAAAUUGGCGUUUUCCCACCUGCGAUUUCUAUCUCGAGUAUCCCCCUGCUGCCUUCCUCGGUCCGCAGCGCCCCUUCUAGUGCCCCAUCCACACCUCUCUCCACCGACGCCCCAGACUUUCUGUCCGUGCCCAAAGAUCGACCCCGGAAAAAGUCAGCCCCAGAAACUCUCACACUUCCAGACCCUGAGAAAAGAGCCACCCUGAAUUUACCUGGCACACACUCUUCAGAAAAGCCAUGUCGGCCCAAAUUAGAGUAACUCCCUAUGAAUAUUUCAUGGGGUUUUAUAUUUUCAUUUGGGUGUUUUUUUUUUUUUUUUUAAAGAAACUUCUGAUAGAGAAAAAGACUGCUUUGUCCCUCAAACAUGUUCCUUCGAUCUCUGAGUGUGCAUGUGGUUAAGUACCUUCCCAUAUAGGAUUCCCCAAGGAUGCCCUUGCAUCCUGCUAGAUGUAAAUUUUAAGACUUGCAAAGGACAGAAGAAAUCUUAGCAGCCGCAGCUGGAAACCAGGGAGGAAGCCUUGUUGAGCGUUUGAUGAGGUCGGUGUGGAUGUCAAGAGUACAUAAGUGAAAAUGUCGUGCCCCUGUGUUAGAAGGUGUGGUAAAAUAGCGAAGUCAAUAUCUUCUCAUCAAACCUGAUAUUCUCAAAAGACUCUCAGGCGUAACAUAAGUAAUUGUUAAAUUUCAAACUGUUCAUCACCAAUACUUGAAUACUAGUAGUUAAUUGAGAUUCCUAUUUUGGUUAGUCUGACUCAGGAUUUGGGGCCUAAUUAACUCUUUAAAUUUUUUGAGAAUUUUAAUUAUCAACCUAUAGUGGCUCCAAGUGCAAUUAACAGUAACUGAUUUAUACCUUUCACAGAAUUUAAUAAAGAUUCCACUUGUUUCUGUCUUUUAAUAACUUUCCCCCUUGUGCCCUUGUGGCCUAAGAAAUCUUUCAGAAUUGCACAGAUGAAUGUGACCACGACUGACUGAUUUGGGGAUGGUUUGGUUUAGGAACCAAGAGGCCCAGGUGAGGCAAACAUCAUCCAUUAAGAUUCUCGGUAUUUGCAAUUAAUUGAGUAGAACUCGUUGACUAUUUGCCCAUUCAAAGACGUGCAAGGGUAGACUAAGCUCACAGGACUUUUAACACUGUCAGAUUUCUGGUUUGGGAACCCUGAAAAAGAGAACUGUCUCCCAUCCCCUCCUGCUUUUACUUUCAAUAACAUCCAGAUUUCCCUGGUACAGAGUGCCCCAUCACUGGACCUUAAAAAAGACUGUCAUUCUCUUGCCCUUACUUGAGCCCCAAAUAUUGGGAAUGUCGCGGAAGCGGAGUAAAGACUGUCGAGCGGGAGGAGAGAAGGAGCAAAAUUGCUGACUCCUAUUUGUAGAGUAAGAAGGAGGAGCCGGAAGAGAUGCCAAGGUGAGAAUCCAGGUUGACGGGAAGUAAGAUCAUUCAACCUAAGUGGCAGAAAACGAACUCUCCUUUGAUCUAAAGAGAAAACUGCCACCGUCGCGCCUCACUGCCUUUAAACGCAGAAGGAAGGGCAAGCAGAAUCUGGCAUUUACUCUCUGUCCUCCAAGAGUGGAAGACAGCAAGGUAGUUGGGCAACUCCAAGGCCCCAGCUAACCUUCCUGACCAUAACCUCCAACCUCAGGAAAGGGACCUUCCCAAAACACAGAUUCCAAAGGAAACUACAUAAACCAAGGAGUAUGUCCUCCUUCCCACACAGCCUCUCGGCCAGUGGACCCUGCCUGCUUCUCUCUCUCAGUGCUCAGCACAUGCUACAUAGUAUCUUUGAAAUUGAUAAACUCUCCCGUGGUGCAAGCGCUGGUCCCACGAACCCAGCACCGAGUAUUCCAAGUCAUAACGUCAGACUGUCAAGAUCAUUUCUUUAUCUACAGGUUGACAUGUCGCUUCAUAAAUAAAUCAAUCCAGAACUCAAAGGAAACCAGUUGCAAAGAGACCGACAGUGCAUCUCUCUUCCCUAAGAACGCCGGCUCUACAGUAAGCGAUUUUUGCAUGGAAUAGUAGCAUGAUCUCUGCUUGUGGGAAAUCUUCAUCUUCUCAGACCCCUUGGACUUCUCAAUGGUCCCCUCCCCACACAGUAGUACUUAAUGAGAAUGUUGGGCUUUAGAAGACGAAAUUCUCCUAUCAGAAGACACUGAUAUAGUAUGCAUCUUUGCUUACGAUUUGCCCGCUGAAAUCAGGGUGGGGUUGGAUUGUUAUUUUUUGCAUAGAACAGAUUUAUUUUGUGCAGGUUGUAAACACAUCUGGCACCUAGUUUUCCCAUUAAACACCAUUGCCGUUUUUCUUUUUUUGUAAAGUAGCUUCUGCUGUCGAGGUCAAUGAUGCUGUAUGCUUUUGAAAGCUAAUUUCUGAUGUCCUUCUGUGAGUUUUCUUUCUCUUGUAGCCAGUUCAAUACCACAGACAUCAAUUUCAAAGCUGCCAAUGAUAGUGUGAUUCUUAGCCAACAAAUGUGUGUACUCUUAAAGUAUGUUCAGUUUUUCCUGUCUACACGUGGUUGUGUGCAUUUAAACAGGGCGGGGGGGGGGGUGCAAAUAUUCCUUUAGCUGCUUUGAAUAUUUAAUCCAGUCAUCACAAGGCAUAAAUGACUUCGAUAUUUUAUCUGUCUUGAUUUUCAAGUCUCUUUUCAUAUUCUCCAUACAUGAGUUUGUUUAUUGUGGGAUAGAAGCCUGCGAUGAAUGUGUAUGUAGAACAUUAAUAAUUCCCAUACGGAUGGAAAUUAAAUGGUUGCAUGAUGGAAACUUAGAAGAAAAAAAAAGAGCAGAAAAUUGAAUUCAUUAAGCAUGUUGGGGGAAAAAAAUAGAAACUUUAACUCAGUGCCUCUGUCUGCAAUGUGGAAACUUACAACUUUGUUCACCAAAAUUGUAUUAUACCUGUAUAUAUAUAUAAAUAUAGUGAAUCAGAUGCCACCAGUUUUGAGUUUCUGGUAGCCAAAUUAAAAUAAAUAAUCCAUAGAAUAACACAUACAUUCAUCCCAUCUUCAUCUCUGGUGUAAGUGGAGACCAUCAAAGUGACCGUAGAUGUCCUUACUUUGGAUGGAUUUCAAAUUACGAAAUGGCCCCGUGUUUUUCAUUGAGUGUAACACAGCGUCUUUACUUUGGCUGUGUGCUUUCCCAGGAUAAGGAGGUCUUGGUGUUUUUACUGCAUAAACUUUAUCAGAGGUGAGCUCUGGAGUCCAUUUCAUUUUCCUGCUAUUGGACUGAAAUAAAACAAAGCAAAGGAAAAGCAUGACAACCAAGGAGCCUGUGACACUUUUUUCAGUUACCACCGUAAUAACCAAAACAAUAGGCGUUCAUUGGCGAACUCAUUUAUAAACCCUUCUGCUUUGGGUUUGCGUCCAUGUGUGGAGGGAACAUGGUUUUAAUUUGGGAGUAUUAGGCAUGUUUUGGACUGAAAAUAAAUUUCUAAAGAGUACAGUAGUGGGUGGAUAAUGAACACAGACACUUAAAAAACAUGAGACGCCCAAAGGAAAGAUGUGAUUUUCUUUCAAGACACUGUAAUAAAUGGUGACCUAAGUGAAAAGAUUCUGAUACUUCUCAGAAGUCAUUUUUCCGUGAAAAUGUCAAGGCUAAUAAUGUAUGUAUGUGGAUUUUUCAAUUUUGCUUUAUUUAGCAUCUCGUCGUGGCUCAGAAACAGCAAGGUCACUGGCUGGCUUCAGUCAGGAGGAAUUUUACUUUUCCCAAGGGCCAGAGUAUAAAUUAGUCCCAUACAAUGUGUACUCAAAUAAUCCGAUAGAGAAAAAUAGUCUGAAUAGUUUUAGUCCCUUUCUGAUCAUCUGACUCAGCAGACUAGGUGACGGACAACCUGCCAUCGGAGCCAUAAUUCUUGAAAUUUAAAAAAAGAGAAAAAAAGUCUGUUUAGUGACUGCAAUUGAUCAUAAAUAGAUCGUUUAAAACCAUUCAUUCUUGCUGAAACUGAAAUGUAACAAGAGCACGGAGCUGACAUGCGGAGGCAACACAUACCGGGUUCUUCUGUGUUCUACCUUCAAAACAAUCUGUUUGCAUUUGAAAUAGAAGUGUUUGAGCUUUUUAGGAGUUAGUGCAAUAAGAGAAUGUGAAUAUGCUAAGAACUCUUCAGAUGCCGUUACUAGUUAUACUUUUGUUGUUAACAAGUGCUUUAGGAUAAACCCCAGUGUUUUUGCUUCAAGUUGAAAGCAUGUCUGUUGAAUUGCAAGUCUCCCUUCAGUUUCUGUGUAUCACCAAGAAGAGGUUUUUUGAGUUGUUCAUGCCUAUACCGCUUAAAUGUAGCUUCAAAGUGUCACUUUUAGGGUUUACAUUUCAAGCUGGGAUCUUGAUUAGUUACAUAUAUUGAGUCAAAAUAACACUGCCACUGCGGAAGGACCAAGUUUUGGAAUGCACAGUGUUACCGACUACAAGCAAACAAGAGUUGAUCCUCACACAUGCCAUCCUUCUGUGUCAUUUUAUGGCUGUUCUGUGUGUUUUUUUCCCCCAGUUAUUUAUUAUUGUUAAUAACUUACUUUUUCUUACAUUCUGGUGUAAAUAAACUACAAAGCAAUCUUC